AUGAUAUUUAUAUUUGAAAAUAGCUUCCUUUUCAAUUUACAGGGUGUAUUUAUUAAUGAAAGCUUAAUUUAAAAAAAUUUUUAUUUUUUGUUACUUAUGGACCAGAAGAAGAUAUAACUAAUUAAGUUAAGAAAGUACCAAUUGAUAAAUUACAGGAUGAACACAAGAAAUUGGGAGCUGGAUUUUAAGAUCCAAAUUCCCAAAAUAAAUCAUAAUUUUUGGAUUAGUUAUGUUAACCAUUCGUUUAAAAUUUAUUGAUACCUAAGGAUUAUUAAUCAAUCCCUCCAAAUUCUAAUUUAUUGACUGGGAUUAGAAAAGAUAUGAUAAUUAAAUUAUGUGAUGAAGUUCAACGAAUUUUAGAUAAAGAACCAAUAGUUUUAAAAUUAAGAAGACCAAUUAAAAUAUAUGGAAAUUUAAAUGGUUAAUUUUUAGAUUUAAUGAGAUUUUUUGAUCAUUUUAAAGCUCCAUAUGAUAAUUUAUAUAAUGGAGAUAUUGAUUCAUAAGAUUAUUUAUUUUUAGGUGAUUAUGUAGAUAGAGGAACAAGAUCAUUAGAAAUUGUGCUAUUAUUAUUCACAUUAAAAUUAAAAUAUUCUGACUAAAUUCAUUUACUUAGAGGACAUCAUGAAGAUGCAAAAAUUAACAAAAUUUAUGGUUUUGCAGAUGAAUGUUUCAUAAAAUUUGCAGAAGACAUUAUGGAUCCUAAUAGCAUAUAUUAAAGAAUCAAUAGAGUUUUUCAAUAUUUACCAUUAGCAGCAGUAAUUGAAGAUAAAAUUUUAUGUGUUCAUGGUGGUAUUGGAUAGACUAUGAGAACUGUAGAUGAAAUUGAACUUAUUUAAAGACCAUUGGAAAUUGUACAUGAUCCAAAAACUGUAUAUGAAUAUAUUAAAAAUUUAGUAUUAAUAAAAGAUAGCUUUAGAAUUAUUAUGGUCAGAUCCAUGUUUAUCUGAAGAUGAAUUAGAAAAUUAACCAAAUCCAGAGAGAGAUAUAUUCUAAAAUAGAUAAAUUAUUAGGUUUGGAACUAAUAGAGUAAGCAAAUUCUUAUAAGAAAAUAAUUUGAACAUUAUCAUACGAUCACAUGAACCAACAUUAGAAGGUUUUGAAAGACAGAAUAAUAAUGUCAUUACUGUUUUUUCUUGUCCAGAUUAUGGUACCAAUUCUCAAAACAACAAAGGAUGUACCCUAUUUUAUUAAGACUUAAGCCAUGCUCACUAUAUCUAAAAGAGGUGAGAUCAUUCCAAAAGUUAUUUUACCUGUAAAUUCUACUUCAGAAUCAAGAUGGAUAGAUCUAGAAGAACCAAUUCAAAGGAAAAAGGGAUUUGCCAAAUAUGUAGUUAUAGAUAAUGAUGAAUAACAAUAUAGAAAAAGAUAGUUCACCCCACUCAGAUCUAAAAAAUCCUCAUCUUAAAAAUAAUUCACAUGA